AUGUGGAUGCUUCGUGUGAUCUCCUCCGCUGCCUUCCUGACCGCUAUCGUUUUAUCGAUCCCUCUGGCCUUUGAUGUCGGUGGCAAGACGUGUGGCUUGGCCUACUCGCUGUCUCUCGCCAGCUUCUACUUCCUCUUUUCACUGCUCAAGCUAGCCACCCCCGACGAAUCGCGAUUCAGGCGUUUGCUGGUCAUUCUCGUGUCAUCGACGCAAUGGCUCAUAGUCCCGAGCUUCCUCAUCUGGUCGUUGAAUCGUUUUUCGGUGGACUCCGAUAACCGCAGACGUUGGGUGGAUAACAAGGUGGGAGAGAAUCAGGCAUGGGAUGCUUCGAUAAGCGCCUGGGUGCUUGGACCGGGAGGUCUCAUCGAAACUUUUACCAUCGGGAACUGGGAUAAACUCUUGCGUUGGUCGUCUCCCGUCUUUCAGUUGGUGGAAGGAUUCUGUAGUCUGCUCGUUAUCCAGGCUGCUGGGCAGAUUACCCGAUGGCUCGUCAAUAGAAGCGGUGGCGGUGACACCUGGAUGAUCAGUCUUCUCGUCUUGUCUGCGUCGAUUAUCUCAAGCUCUGUCUACUACCUCUGGCGAGUUUUACAGUUCCCCGAGAUUUCUAAUGUCGAUGCUGCAUUGAUAGGGGUAGCAAUCACAAGCGCGGUAAUACUGUGCGCCUGGGGGAUUGGAAGCGGUCGUGGUAAUGCCGUGGAGAGCUCGCUCUUGUUUGCCUAUAUCGUUCUCUGUGUCUAUCAGAUAUUCACGGAUUAUCAACCAUCCCAACCUGUUGAACAGGCCCUGCCAGGGCAAGCAGCCGAUUUUCCUCCUCUGCCACCUAUUAUAAUGGCGUCAUAUAGCACAUUGAUGCACCUCCUCUCCCUUCUGCCGUCUAUAACGCAUGCGGCUUUCAAUGUUGUUACUGCCGCGUUUAGUGCUAUCACACCAUCAGUGCUCAUCACCCUCACUUAUCGUUUAUUCGUCUUUUAUGCCUCAACCCGGAUUAUUCCCGCUGUUCGUGAGUCUGGAGCACGAGCUCUCUCCCAAGAGGCGUCUUUGGACGACGAUGAUGGUGCGGGCCAGCUUUUGGGACUGCUAAGCUGGUUUUCGCCCACCAUCCUUGUUGCUGUCUACACUAGUCUGCUGAUGCAACAUUUUGCGGUCAACUCUCAAACAGAAGUUGGGGGACAAUGGUGGUUAAGCCAUGGCGAUGUCGGCUCAAACUUCUGGCGGUGGAUAAACCUGGCUUGCACAAUGGCUUUGUAUGCCUUCGAACUAUGGAUUGGAAAGGAAGACGAAAUCGGUACGAGUGUCACUGGUCAUUGGAAGAUGGAUUGA